GCAGUCAGUGGCGCAUAUAUACAAACACCUCAUACUCAUAGGCGUAUAAUAAGACGUUCGAAAAUCUCAUGGUCCCGUACAUCCGUGCUUGUUAAUUUUCUCAAAUCUCAACUGGGUUUUUCACAUUCUCUGUAACACAAAAAAUAUUGAGUUGUAAAAAUGGGGAAGAGAGGAGUGUUUUUGUUUUUGUUGUUGGCGUUGUGGCUGGCUAUGUCUGCAGGGACUUGGGGCCAGGACGCCAAGGAGACGCUGAACUUGGCUGCUGGAACAGCCCAGCACAAAACGCACGAGACCUUCAAAGCUGCCAAGGAAAACACCGAGUCGUGGGUUGAUCGUACCUUCGGCAUAAUCGCAGAGGGGUUAGGAUUCGGCCAGGAAAAUGCAAAAGAGAAGGCUAAGAAUAUGAGGGACAAAGCUGGGGAUGCAGCCUCUGUGGCUACAGAAAGAUUAAGAACGAGCACUUUUGGAUCUUCGGACACCGAUUCUGUUCAUGACAACUUUGAUCCCUCUAUAAGGAUGCCUACUGAUGCAGUUGACAAUGCCAAAGAGACCGUGACAAGGGCAAUGGGUUCUGGAAUGGAUACAGCAGCAAAUGCCUACGAUGAAGCAAAGAAUACAAUGAAUAGGGCUACAGGCGCGGCUUCUGAUAAGGUUUAUGAUGCAAUGGAAUAUGGAAAAGACAGAACUUCCGGUGCCUAUGAUGAAGCCAAGGAGAAAGUGAACACGGCCUCAGAUAAGGCCUACGAUGCCAAAGAGACAGUGAGAGGGGCAAUGGGUUCUGGAAUGGACAGAGCAGCGAAUGCUUAUGAUGGAGCAAAGAAUGCAAUGAAUAGGGCUAUGGGUUCGGCCUCUGAUAAGGCUCAUGACUCAAUGGAAUAUGGAAAAGAAAGAACUACCAAUGCCUAUGAUGGAGCCAAGGAGGGAGUGAACGUGGCCUCCGAUAAGGCUCAUGACGCAAUGGAAUAUGGAAAAGAAAGAACUGCCAAUGCCUAUGAUGGAGCCAAGGAGGGAGUGAACGUGGCCUCCGAUAAGGCUCAUGACGCAAUGGAAUAUGGAAAAGAAAGAACUGCCAAUGCCUAUGAUGGAGCCAAGGAGGGAGUGAACAUGGCUGCCUCUAAUAAGGCCUACGAUGUCAAAGAGGCAGCCAGAGGGGCAAUUGGUUCUGGAAAGGACAGAGCGGCGAAUACCUAUGAUGAAGCGAAGAAUACAAUGAAUAGGGCUACGGGUUCGGCUUCUGAUAAGGCAUAUGAUGCAAUGGAAUAUGGAAAAGAAAGAACUGCCAAUGCCUAUGAUGGAGCCAAGGAGGGAGUGAACAUGGCAUCCAAUAUGGCCUACGACGCCAAAGAGACGGUGCGAGGGGCCAUGGGUUCUGGAAUGGACAGAGCAGCCAAUGCCUAUGAUGGAGCAAAGAAUACAAUGAAUAGGGCUAUGGGUUCGGCUUCUGAUAACACUCAUCACGCAAUGGAAUACGGAAAAGAAAGAACUGCCAAUGCCUAUGAUGGAGCCAAGGAGAGAAUGAACAUGGCCUCAGAUAAGGCCUACGAUGCCAAAGAGGCAGCCAGAGGGGCAAUUGGUUCGGCUUCUGAUAAGGCUUCUGAUGCAAUGGAAUAUGGAAAAGAAAGAACUGCCAAUGCCUAUGAUGGAGCCAAGGAGAGAAUGAACAUGGCCUCAGAUAAGGCCUACGAUGCCAAAGAGGCAGCCAGAGGGGCAAUUGGUUCGGCUUCUGAUAAGGCUUCUGAUGCAAUGGAAUAUGGAAAAGAAAGAACUGCCAAUGCCUAUGAUGGAGCCAAGGAGAGAAUGAACAUGGCCUCAGAUAAGGCCUACGAUGCCAAAGAGGCAGCCAGAGGGGCAAUUGGUUCGGCUUCUGAUAAGGCUUCUGAUGCAAUGGAAUAUGGAAAAGAAAGAACUGCCAAUGCCUAUGAUGGAGCCAAGGAGAGAAUGAACAUGGCCUCAGAUAAGGCCUACGAUGCCAAAAAAAUGGUAGCGGGAGGAAUUGAUUCUGGGACGGAAAGAGCAGCCAAUUCAUACGAUGAAGCAAAACAAAAUGUUGGGGAGUCAUACAAGUCAGCUAAGGACUGCAUGACUGGACAUGCCAAGCAUAACUAUGAGGCUGCAAAGGAGAGUGCCUCGCAGGCUGCAGGAGAUCUCGGCGCUACCAUGAGGAAUGCUGGUUCAGAGAUAUAAGGAGGCCGAUUGCAUGCUUGCUCCAUGAAGCCAUGUUUGAUGAGUUUAUGUUUCUUUUGAGUAGCUAGGAAUCUCUGUAAGUUCUAUGAUCUAUGUUGCUAUAUGUUUCUUGUUUUCUCUUACUUUGCCCUUACAGUUUUGUUUCUUUAUAUCAAUGUUUUAUGUUUCUUGUUUCUAUGAAUACGGGUCAAGAAUUGCUUGAAUUAAGCUAG